AUGAUGAAAACAUCCUCCUCAAGAACACGGGUGCCUGGUCUGGAAGUUUCCAGUCAACCUCCUCACCAACUCCAGCCGGAGCACUCAUACACCAAACAUCCCAGCCUCCUCCUCCUGGACCCUGAUGGCUCCUUCACCAGAGAAGCUACCCAGGAUCAGACAGAGCCCUCGCAGCCAGUCGGGGAGGCGGCGUCGAGAGGCAGGGCUGUCGGGCCUGGGAACCUGGAGUCCAGGGUUCCGGGGGCCGCCGGAUGUGGGCUGCACUUGCGGCAGGAGCGCUCCGUUCACAUCAAGCUGACCGCGGAUCUGCCGCUCGCCAGAAGCUCAGGAAUCAAGAUCUCCCAUCCAGGCCUUGACCCCCAGCCUCUCAAGUACUACUUGGCCUGCUGCUUCCUCUCAUCUCCGUGGUGCACGCUGCCCCUCACACACAGCCCUGCAGCCAUGUGGGCCCCCAGCAACCGUCACCUCUGUCUGACCGUCCUGCUAGCUUGUGCUUUGGCCUCAGUCUUCUUCCUCCACAUCCACCAAGACCUCUUUCACGGUGGCUUAUACCUGGCUGCCCUGUGUCCAUACCGUAACCCGAUGACAUCCGCCGUGGCCAUCUUCUGCCUGUCGGGCACACCGGUAAACCCCAACGCCUCUUUUUCCUGCCCCAAGCAUCCUGCCUCUGUCUCAGGAACCUGGACUAUCUACCCAAACGGCCGGCUUGGGAACCAGAUGGGGCAGUAUGCCACGCUGCUGGCGCUGGCCCAGCUUAACGGCCGCCAGGCCUUCAUCCAGCCCGCCAUGCACGCCACUCUGGCGCCUAUGUUCCGCAUCACCCUGCCGGUGCUGGCGCCCGAGGUGGACAGCCACGGGCCUUGGCGGCAGCUGGAGCUUCACGACUGGAUGUCGGAGGAGUACGCCCACUUAAAGGAGCCCUGGCUGAAGUUCACGGGUUUCCCCUGCUCCUGGACCUUCUUCCAUCAUCUCCGGGAACAGAUCCGCAGAGAGUUCACCCUGCACGACCACCUUCGGCAAGAGGCCCAGGGUUUACUGAGUCAGCUCCGGCUGGGCCGCACGGGGGACCGCCCGAGCACUUUCGUGGGUGUCCACGUGCGCCGUGGGGACUAUCUGCGGGUGAUGCCCUACCACUGGAAGGGUGUGGUGGGUGAUCGUGCUUACCUCCAGCAGGCUAUGGACUGGUUCCGGGCCCGGCAUGAAGCCCCGAUCUUUGUGGUCACCAGCAACGGCAUGGAAUGGUGCCGGGAAAACAUUGACGCCUCCCGGGGGGAUGUGGUCUUCGCCGGCAAUGGCCAAGAGGGUGCCCCCAGCAAGGACUUUGCGCUGCUCACGCAAUGCAACCACACCGUCAUGACCAUUGGCACCUUCGGCUUCUGGGCUGCCUACCUGGCUGGUGGAGACACCGUGUACCUGGCCAACUUCACCCUGCCUGACUCCAGCUUCUUGAAGAUCUUUAAACCUGAGGCUGCCUUCCUGCCUGAGUGGGUGGGCAUUAAUGCAGACUUGACUCCGCUCCAGAUGUUGGCUGAGCACUGAGCAUUAGGGAGACUUUCUGAAAUAGUCUGCUGAACCUAGGACCAAUGUUAUGCAUCUCUGGAAACCCAGCAGCUUCUGGAGAAGCUGGUGGUCCUGCAGCUGGCAGACACCCAUUUCUAGAGUGAUUCUGGUUGGCUAGACUUAGAGAAAAGGCGGGGCUGGCUUUCUGCAACUGCCGGAACAUUCUAGAAUCCGUGGAAGAUCUUUUCAUGAUGGUUGGUGAUGUCUGUGGAAGCUCAUGGCUGUUGUAGAAUGCGCAGUGCCCACCUGUUCUUCCCAGCCCAUAUCCAGAGUACUUCUAGAUCACUGCCCCCCAGGAACAGGGAAUGCCCUGUUCCAGUGUUGACCAUCCUGGUCUUUUCAAGAAGAUACAUUUCUCUUCCCUGGGUCAUCAGGACUGAAGGAACGCAGGGAUGAGCUACAGCAAACACUCACCAACUUCCCUUCUGUGUUUCUGGAAUGAUUCUAGAGGAGGGAUUUGUUCUGGAGAGGGUCUGCUCUAAUGCCCAUAAAGAACCCUGCAGGGCCCUUCCAGAGAAGAUGGGUUUCUGGAAUUCUAGAUAACUACAGUGAAGAAGCUAAUGAAGGUAAAACCAGCAGCUCAACACCUCACCACUGCUAGAAAGUUUGAUGAAAGACAAACUCUCUGUAGUGGGGCAAUUUGUAAGAAAAGCGGAACUUUACCCAACAUUUCUGCUCCUGAAAAACCACAGAUAUGCUAAAACGUGGGAUGGGUGGGGGAAGGAAUGCUGCUGAAUGCUGCAGCUUAAGGAGCAAGGCUCUGUGGAGAUAUAGGGACACCUGUUUUUUUUUUUUAAAGCUCAAAACUGCAAAGGUAGAUAUGCACAUGUUGGCGCCAAGUUCUGGUUGCUUCACCCAACUAAGGAAGUUUCCUCCUCUGCAGUUGGGCUGCUGGGGGUGAUGGUGUAACAGGGAAGAACAAAAUUUGACUGCAUGUUGGAUCUGUUUCUUUUACUUUAACCUUUGCUUUCCAUUGCUUUUGUUACUAUAAUCACUAAAAGGGUGCUGUCUGUAGCUAUAAGAAUACAUAGUCGGGGCUUCCUAGGUGGCGCAGCGGUUAAGAAUCCGCCUACCAAUGCAGAGGUCACGGGUUCGAUCCUAGCUCCAGGAAGAUCCCACAUGCUGCAGAGCAAGUAAGCCCGUGUGCCAAAAAAAAAAAAAAAGAAUACAUAGUGGCCGGGCUUCCUAGGUGGCGCAGUGGUUAAGAAUCUGCCUGCCAAUGCAGAGUUCACGGGUUCGAUCCCAGCUCCAGGAAGAUCCCACAUGCCGUGGAGCAACUAAGCCCAUGUGCCAAAAAAAAAAAAAAAGAA